CUUCUCCAUUCUCUGUUCUCACCGCUCAUGGUUCCUGAAUCGGAGAGGUAUCGAAUCAUUGAAAUACAGGUCCGUGUGGACUGCAAUGGUUGCAUACAAAAGAUCAAGAAGGCGUUAAACGGCAUUAAUGGUAUACAUGCUCUCUACAUUGAUAUCCCCCAACAAAAGCUAACAGUUGUUGGGUGGGCUGAUCCUGAAAAGAUCAUCAAAGCCAUCAAAAAGACCAGGAAGAUCGCCACCAUUUGCGCAUACACAGAAGCAAGCGAUCCUCCGGCGGAACCGUCGGAACCAGCGCCGCCCGCCGAAGCCACCCCACCGGCAGAGCCUCCCAAGGACACACCACCACCACCCGAAAACCCACCAGCUGUCGAGAUGAGACCGUCACCGGUAGCUGUCGACACCGCCGAAGCACAGCCGGUGCAUCUAUCUGGGCCCAACGACGUAGAAGAGAUCCAUGUAAUAAAUCACCAUCACCCACAUGAUCAUUACUAUGGGAAUGGAUACGCGUCUGUUCCUGAUCAUGGAGAUGGACUGCGAAACCAAGCAAACCAAGCACCCGUUUAUGUGGCUCAUGGCUACAACACCUACAGACCAUCGCCUUACAUAUCUGAAUACGAGUACAUCCAUUCCCCACCUCGACGAACCAGUUACAGUAGGACGGAGCACUACAGCGAGGAUUAUUAUUACAGCCGCAGUAACAGUGAUGGGAACAAUAUUACAUCGAUGUUUAGCGACGAGAACCCAAACGCUUGUCGAAUAGUCUAAAAGGAUGAACACAGAUCGAGGUUAGUAGGAAAAGAGCUCUCUUAAUUACUUUUUGCCGCUAAAGAGAGUCUUUUGCAGGAAGCUAACGGAGAGCGAUUAGAGAUAUAAUUAGCAUAAAUGGAUGACAGUAAUGAGCAAGCAAGUGAGAACGCUUUGCCUGAAAGUUUAAAAUAAUAUUCUUAGCUUGUAAAGGCAGGAGGAAUUGAUCCUGCAUUCCACCACUAAGAAAACAAGGAACAAAUAUAAUUGACUAGU